AUGAAUAGGAACGAAGAAAUUCUGUCCAAGGCUACGCCGAAUUUUAUAUACAAAUUUUUUACAGAUGGCAACUCAGAGGAAAUGAUAGGUUGGUUGAACACACAGGUGACGUUAAUAUGUUUCAGUCAAAUGAAUGCUGGGGCCAAUCAGAUUUUUUUAAAAGUGAUCGAUGGAACAAUCCCACCGCAGUACUAUGCCAUUGUACACGUGGGGAUGGAUGAAGGAAGCAUGACCACUACACCACCCAUCUCUUAUGUAAAAAAAUUAAUAGCCAUAGAAAACUUCUCCAUCACAAAUUACUAUGGAAAGCUUUUUAUAUUAACAAAAAAACUUAGAGUACUUAUGAGCGUAGACUACUUCGACAUUGAGGACUUGUUUAGGAAGUACCAACUGCAAAGUAUUUCCUACCUCCUAAUGAACACAAAAGGUGAAAACGCCUCUAAAGAUGGGGGUUCUAGACCUGCGAGCGAAUAUAAUGCGGAAGGGAAAGGCAGAACCAGCAGCAUGAUUUCUCGCUGUUCAAAUGAAUUUGGAAAUGAAAGCAAAACAAGCGAGGGUAAUUAUUAUCCCCGUGAAGGAAGUGCAGGAGCAGAAUACAGUAAUAGUGCCAUUCCGCCAGCGAGGUAUUCUAUGUUGAGCGAUCGCCAGGAAGGGGACACCAGAGCUGACCACUAUGACAGGUGUCAACGAGUACCUGCAGAAAAUUUGAUCAAGGGACCAAUGGCCAAGAAUGGCACUACACCAUAUGGGGAUAACCCCCCUUGCGCAGAGAGGUUGCCGUAUGGGGAACCGCCCGUCGCCAGGGACGCCCCCCAAAAUUACCACCACGGAAGAAUGGCAGAAGAUAUGGGAAGGGGGAAGCAAUUCCCCGAUAGGUUGAAUGAUCCCCCCAGCCUGGACAAGUUUUCUCAGAGUGAGAGCUCAGCUAGUCGCGAUUAUAUACCGUACGGUGGAAAUGAAUUGGACAGGAACCCUCACGAGGCCACAUCUGUCUCGCACCAAAGGAACCCCAAUUCGCAGAGUGUACACCAGCCGUACAACAAGCGAAACAUCACCACUGUCUAUGACCCAAAGAGUACAAACAGUGCAAAUAGUGCAAAUAGUGCUUAUGGAAACAACCACUACAGUAACGGUAAGAGCAGGACGCAUAACAUUGCAGGAGAGCUGAACAACAGCAGAAGUGGUAGCAGUUACGACCGCGGAGUUGGCUCCCCCAUGGGCUCAAGCGUGUACAGAGAAGAACCUCCUUUGGGGGAAAGUAUUAGUAGAAGUGAACCCAAGGUGCGUAUGAGCAAUACGAAUGCCUAUAUGUAUGAGGGGGAAAUGGAGGAGGGACCACCUGGGCCGGGAGCAGCAAGUGUCGGGGAGUACAAGGGCCGAUAUGCUUCCACUGGGAAUAACCCGGAGAGGGGUCCCCCCCCCGAAGAGAGGAGCUAUUACCAAAGUGCACGGGGGAGCAACAAUAUGAGCAGGAACGCAAGCGGGGUACGUGACUACCACUAUCCCCCACGUGAUGCAGAAGAGGGUAGCAAUUGUAGAACUGUAGACGAUGAGGCGUAUUACGGAAGGACAGGGACACCACACGGGAAUGGGAACGGAGGGGGAAACUCAAAUGAAGUGGGCGCGAAAAUGAUUGGGGUGGGAAGAAAUGAUAGAAAUUACAACGGGGAUGUGGCGAAGCUUAGUAGAAGCGACGGGGCGAUACACGACAGAUAUGUUCCUUCUGAGGGUGCGCCAGGUGGAGCAGGUUACGGUCAGAGGGGCGUGAGCAAUUACGGUCGAUCCGGCAUAGGAAAUGGACACCGGGGAGGGGUAGAACCAAGCAAGAGUACAAGAGGAGACAGCAUGGGAAGUCUGCAGGAUACGAAGGAAACACUAAACGACAUGGAAGAAUAUCCUGGGGACAGGAAGAGUGACACGAGGAGCAUGUUGAGAGAGAAUACGUCCAUUAGGAACACUAGGAAGUGUACCCCCUACCAGCAAACGAAUAAUCCCGUAAUAAAAAUUAAUGAUGGCAUUUUAAUGCAAAUAAAUAAGCUGUCCCAGUAUUCAUCCAAAUGGAUAAUAAAGGCGAGGGUUCAGUUCAAGGACAGAGUGCGAAAGUACUACUCAGGAAACAAAGAAGGAAAAGUAUUCAACAUCGAAUUAUGUGAUGAAGAUGGAGAGAUUAAGGUAAGCUUCUUUGGCAAGGCAGUGGACAAAUGGUAUGAUUAUCUUGAAGUAGGAAAAAUUUAUAAAAUAAGUAAAGGAUACAUCAGGGCAGCCAACAGAAAAUUCAACACACUUAAACAUGAUUACGAGAUUACGCUGGACGAAAAUUCAAUUAUAGAAGUCUUGGAAGAAAAUGAUAGCAUCCCCAAAAUUAUUUACAAUUUUACAUCUAUUGACACCAUAAAAAAUAUGAAUACGGGUUCUAUAGUAGAUGUAAUAGGAAUCAUAUUCAGCUUCCAAGAAAGCACACAAGUAUUGAUCAAAAGAACAGGACAAUAUAAAGAUAAGAGGGACAUUGUUCUCAUAGAUGAUAGCAAGGAAACUAUUGCUGUAACUCUGUGGGGAGAACAUGCUUUACAAAUUGAAGAAGAGUACCUGAAGGAUAAUAGCAUUAUUUGCUUUAAGUAUGUAAAAGUUGGAGAAUGGCAGGGAAAAAAGCUGGAGUCCCACCCCAAGACCAAAAUCGAUAUAAACCCAGCGAUUGAUAGAGCCAAUAUGCUAAACAAUUGGUGGAACAGUAACAAACAAAGCCUCUACAGCUCUUUGAAUAUAAGCACAAGUGUAUGGAACAUUGACGUACAAAAAACUAUUGAAGAAAUUAAAAGGGAUGUGAAUUUGGCUAAUGAAGAUGCUUUAUCAGGGAAAGGCAUCGUUUUUACCGCUUUCGGUUUUAUUGAUCAUAUUUAUAACUCCAUCCCUGUGUACUCGGCUUGUCCCGAUUGCAAUAAAAAAAUGAUUACAAACGUCGUGGAGGAGGAAGAGGACGACGUUAAUUCGUCCCAUAUGAUGAACCAAGCCAUGUACUGUUCCAAGUGCAAUAAAAAUAACAUCCCCGUACAUAACUACUCCAUGAACCUUAAAAUUACAGACAGCACGGACUCCAUAAGGGUCACCGCCUUUGCUGGGUGCGCUCGUACUAUCAUGAAUGGCCUGUCCGCUGAUGAAUUUAUGGCCCUCAGGCAGGAGUAUAUAACGCAGGAGAAUAUCGAGAAUUUCGAUCUGAUUGAGAAGGCCAAGCUGAAUGAGUUUUUCUUCCGCAUCAAGGCGUACGUGACGUCGCACAUGGACGAGCUCAGGAAGAACUACACCAUCGUCGACAUUAUCCCCCUGAACAAGCUGCUCGUGGACAACUGCAAGUAUUUGGUCCGCUCCAUCCGCAGCUUGACGGAGAAGCAGUGA